CAUAUAGGUAGGUAUAUUUAGGCGCACAAUAAUCGCAUAUUAACUGUGAGUAUGAUAUCAGCAGCGGGUGGUCAGGCGACUUAGACGACCCAUUUAGAUUUUGGCGUUUUAUAUAAAAAAAAACCUCCAUUUUAGCGAUAGUUUAUGGUGGGGCAUCGGAUCGGUAGACGACUACAGGGCUGCUUCAUUCAGUCCAAGAUAAUCCGUGCGUGUAGACAGUUGCACUAUAUAUUGACGUAUUUGGUCAACGUAAACUCGUAACAUCGUAACCGUUUCACACCUUUGAAGACUGAUAUCAUGGCCCAUCCAACAAGGAAUAAAUUCGACGAAGCGUGGGCAGCCGAAAUCGCGAAGAAUAAAUAUCAAAAAAAAAUAUGUAUGGAAAUCGAUAAAUAUAAUCGGGUGAUUAGAGAGCUCAAAUAUUUACAAAUAAAGCACAUGCAGGGAAUAUACGACACGCCCGAAGAUCGCAAGUUACUUCAAAAAUAUGACAUUAUGGUUGAAGACGGUCGCGAAUGGUUGGUGAAGCCGGCACCACAUGAAAAUGUCGCCGCCAAUCUCCUUAAGUACGUGAUCAACCUGGAACUGUUUGACGUGCUGCACGAGGCGCACCAGAGCACCAACCACGGCAACUUUAAAGAGAUGACCGCCCAAAUCCAGGCUAGAUAUUGCAACGUGUCCAAUUUAGCGGUGAUGACGUACCUGAGACUGUGCCAGCAUUGCGCAAACCGAAAUGCGAUGGUCUCGGAAAUCCUGAAUUAUGAUUUACCGCAACGUGAGCCGUCGCCAAUGCGACCGCUUAAACGGGAGUUUAACUUACACGGUUCCUACUUUUCGGUCUACUUCGGAUUCAUAAACAUGCAGGAAUACCCUCGCGACGGUUAUGAGUACAUAAUGGUCCACUGGUUUCUUUCAAACCAAUUCGUCCACCUGAUUCCGCUCCGGAACAUAGAGCCUAAUAACGUAGUCAUCAGCUUGAUGGACAUUUACGGGACGUUUGGACUGCCAAACUAUAUCGAUGCACCGUUCGAUAUGCGAUACAUCCAUUCAAUAAUUAGCCACAUCAAGGCAGCGUGGAGUAAUGGAGUGUCCAUCGCACACAGAAAUCCGAAUGAUAUGAACAUCUCACAGCAUGGCAUAAAUAUGAUACAUAAGACAAUGGAGCCUUGGGUGAACGACGCCAACUUCCGGAUCAACUGGCCGUUGAAUCUCAAGUACCUACAGUUCUGGAUGAACAACCAGUUAAAACCAGGCUUAAGCGAAUCUCCAUACCACGAUAUGUUUAAUGGAAUUGGUCGUACAUUAUAAAUCCCAUCAGAAAUGGCGUUGGUAGUUAGUGGUUACAAAUUGAACGGUUCCCUUGACCGAUUACACAGAUUUCACCUGAUUGCUUUCCGAAGUGAACUUUUUUAAAUAUAUAUGAAAUACUGUAUUAUGACGUUAUUAUCAACCUUUGAAGCAUUCUAAUCCAUAAAAAAUGUUUUUUA